CCGCUUUUUUCCGGGAGCCGCACUCAAAUUUUCUAUCGAAAUUGAAAACCAUCUGUUUCACCCUGAACCAAAUUCCGAGGGAAGAGCAAUGGAAGACGGUGAACAACCCACGAUUCUGAUCACUAACGAUGACGGAAUUGAUGCACCUGGUUUGAGAGCUCUGGUUCAGGUUCUUGUCUCCACUAAUCGUUUUAGCGUUCAAGUCUGCGCCCCUGAUAGGGAGAGGUCGGCUGUUAGUCACGGUAUUACAUGGCUUCACCCUAUAGAAGCCAAGCCAGUAAACAUUGACGGAGCCUCAGCGUACGCAGUUUCUGGGACUCCGGCUGAUUGUGCCUCUCUGGGAAUUUCCAAAGCACUGUUUCCUACAGUAGCUGAUCUGGUACUCAGUGGCAUAAACAUGGGUAGCAACUGCGGUUAUCAUGUUGUUUACUCAGGGACAGUUGCUGGUGCUAGAGAAGCCUUCUUCAAUGAUAUACCUUCUAUCUCCAUUUCAUAUGAUUGGGUUAGGGGAAAGAGUGACAUAAAUGACUUUUCCCUUGCUGCUCAAGCAUGUCUACCUAUCAUAAUUGCGGUACUAGUUGAGAUCAAGAAUCAAAGAUUCCCGCAAAGAUGCUUUCUAAAUGUAGAUUUGCCAGCUAAUAUUGCUGAUCAUAAGGGGUACAGGCUAACAAAGCAGGGAAAAAGUUUUUUCAAGAUGGGUUGGAGGCAAGUGACAUCAGGGACACAAGGAGAAAGAAUGUCAUCUACGAUGACCAUGGAUGUAGAUACAGCAUUACCUACAGAAGCUAACACAUCGUCUGUAUCACCAGAACAUCUCUUAUUCAGGAGAGAAGCAAAAGGUCCUUGCCUUGACGAUGGUGAUACGGAUCAUAAAUUUUUGCAGGAAGGAUAUAUCACUGUGACUCCUCUUGCUGCUCUAUCUCCAGCGGAGGCAGAUUGUCAUGCCUAUCUAAAGGAUUGGCUAUCAAGUGUCCAUGAACUCCCCUCAGCAUCAGCUUUAUAAUGCUACUACUUCAGUUUAAGGUGAUUUCUACCUCAAUCUGCUGCUAAAGAAAUCACUCAAGUCCGGUGCCCAGCAUCAAUAUUCCUUACAGUUUGGUUGCAUCAGUAAGCAUGCCAUUAUUUUCAACAUUGUUGGAGCCAUGAAAGACAUGAAAGACAUUUCUCUAUAGCGUAAUAUAUGAGUGAAUAAGGAAGCCUGUUUUCUGUAAGCUAAUAAGCUAUCGCUCACUUUAAAACCAUUUUGUUGAGAGAUUCCCAUUGUCUUUCAAUCCCUGAAUUCCUACUUCUUACUGCAUCUGUUGAAAAUACAGUAGUGUUUACCUGAAGAUUGCGGUCUAAUAUGGCCUUCCUUCCCAGAGGGCAUGUUUUGAAAUCAAAUCCUCAGAUGGAUGUUCCCCCAAUUUGAGAUAACAUAGCCGCGGCUUUUGAUCGUACACAUAUCUAAGUGCUUGUGCUUUUAGCUCAUGGUGCUAAGCAAUUCAGAAAAUGGGUAUAAACUAUAAGGCUUCUCAUUACUGGUGACUUAGCCUCGUUGUAAUUUAUUUUGGUGGAGCCAUACGUCAUAUCGUGAAUGCAUGCCUUCUCCAUGUGUAAAAAGACAUUUGCUAUUUGGGUUAAUGGCUUAUAAACAAUGUUUCAAUUAUUA